AUGCUUAUAAGCUCCCAUAAUGCUUCAAAUGUAACUCAUUCUCCUCAUGUAUAUCAACAGCAUCAACAAAUUCAAUCAUUCCAUCAUGCCCUCCAGUACGUAAAUAAAAUAAAGAAUCGCUUCCAGGGUAUACCUGAUGUUUACAAACGCUUCCUGGAUAUCUUGCAGUGGUAUCAAAAGGAACAACGUCAUUCGGACCCUAUGUGCCGCAAACAGGCAGAAUUACAGGUUUAUCAGGACGUCGCCAAGCUUUUUGGCGGUCAAGAAGAUCUACUUCAAGAAUUUAGUCAGUUCCUACCUGAAUCAUUUGGUGUCACAAGUGCUGUUACAGAGACGAUAAUAAAUAGGAAAAAUUCCAGCUAUUCACAGCUUAGUGGAUCUGAUGCAUUAGAUCCAUCUGUUCCAGUGCCUCACUUGAUAAAACGUGUUUCUGAAGGUAUCAGCUUAGCACAAUCUUCGUGUAAACAGCGUCCAGGUCAGGAGGGAAGUCCUGCGAAUCCUGAUGCCAAAAAGUUGAAACGACUUGCUCCUACACAAAGUAUAUAUGAAGAUAUGCGUGUGUUAAUUCGAUGA